CAGUGGACUCGCACUGUCUGCUGGAGAGACAAGUCAAACAUUUCAACGGAGCAUCCCCACCCUACCCCAGCACAUCACACCACUCCUUCUUGUGCAGGCAAUCUCCAGCACUCUCCCCAUGGCAAGCGACGGGGUGGAUAAAAGCGAGGAGACGGAGCACAUGAUCGAGAAGGAUGCGGCCAGGGAGCGCGGCAAUGCGCUGGGGGAUACCAAGGAGAUCCGAGCCGUUAUCCUCUCCGGAUUUGGGGGUUUAAACAAACUGAGGGUGGCGAAGAAAGCGAUGCCCGAGCCCCUGGAGGGAGAGGUGAAAAUCCGAGUCAAGGCCUGUGGCUUGAAUUUCAUAGACUUGAUGGUUCGACAAGGAAAUAUAGAAAACCCACCAAAGACACCAUUGGUUCCUGGUUUUGAGUGCUCUGGGAUUGUGGAAGGCCUGGGAGAUAAUGCAAAAGGCUUUGAGAUCGGAGACAGAGUCAUGGCGUUUGUCAAUUACAGUGCCUGGGGCGAAGUGGUCUGCACACCGAUGGAGUUUGUGUACAAGGUCCCAGAUGAGAUGGGAUUUGCGGAGGCUGCAGCUUUUCCCAUGAACUUUGUGACUGCCUACAUGAUGCUGUUUGAAGUGGCAAACCUUCGAGAAGGAAUGUCGGUGCUGUUGCAUUCAGCUGGUGGAGGAGUGGGUCAAGCCGUUGCCCAGCUCUGCUCCACGAUUCCAGACGUAACCGUGUUUGGAACCGCCUCCUCCUUUAAGCACGAAGCUAUCAAAGAUUCCAUCACUCAUCUCAUUGACAGGAAUGCUGAUUAUGUGCAGGAUGUGAAAAGAAUCUCACCUGACGGAGUUGACAUUGUCCUGGAUUGCCUGUGCGGUGAAAACACCGGGAAGGGUCUCGGCCUCUUGAAACCGCUCGGAACCUACAUUCUGUACGGCUCAUCAAACAUGGUUACCGGAGAAACAAAAAGCUUCUUCAGCUUUGCCAAGUCAUGGUGGCAGGUUGAGAAGGUGAACCCCAUAAAACUCUACGAAGAGAACAAAGUCAUUGCUGGAUUUUCACUGCUUAACCUGCUCUUCAAACAAGGCCGGGGUGCCCAGGUGAAAGCAGUGAUGGAUAAGCUUGUAUCGCUGUACAACCAGAAGAAGAUCAAACCUUUGGUAGAUUCAUUAUGGGCUCUGGAGGAGGUGAAGGAAGCCAUGCAGAGAAUCCAUGACAGAGGGAACAUAGGAAAACUCAUACUGGAUGUUGAAAAAUCCCCAACUCCCUUGAUGGCGAAUGACAGCACGGAGACCAGUGAAGCGGGCGAGGAAGAGGAAGAUCACGAGGGAGACAACGGGAACAAGGAGCGCAUGCCCUUCAUCCAAUAACUGCCACAGCAAGGGGAGAGUAAAGAGGGAAAAAAAAAACCUACGUGUUUGAAUUUUCUUUGUGUUAGUCGCUGGAGCAAAGAACGAUUUGAGGAGAUCUCCCCGGUGCGCAAGUGAACAAAUGCUGUCGUACUGUGCGUAUUUGUGUCUGUCUGCAGUCAGCCAAGCUACAAGCUGUUUGAAUCUUAGUGACCUGAACUGCUAAAGUGCCAUAUCCUUUUCAGUGCAGUAUUAUGACCAACAUUCUGUGUUAAGAUCAUUUGAAAAAGAGAUUCAUAGUGUUCUGCUUCUUCUUGUUUUUAAAGUGGGCACAGUCCUCCUUCUGCAGAUUUAUUGCAAUUUUCAGUAUUUCUCCAUGUACCAUUCAAAUAUAUUUUUCUCUCUCUCUCUUUCUAUUGAUUUCUUGUGCAUGGUUCUGUUAACCUGUUAGUGCCUGUAUUUAUUCCGAUACACCAUCACUGACCAGCGACCAUUCGAUAAGUCAACGUUAAGUAUUCAAGACAUGCAUCUUUCACCAGUACAAGUGACAGGAACUGCUUCUGAACUUGCCUUACUGAGGAAGAGAAAAAUGCAUAGGCCUAUUUAUCAGCUCAAAAGCAUGAAUAAUGUAAAUGGAGAUCUCGAUUUGUUUACUUGUUGCAUUGGUUGCAUUAGUGCUUUUGUUAUUUUGUGCCUAUCAAACAAUGUUUACAUAAAAGUUAAAAAAAAUUAAAAAAACCAUUAGCAAUU